ACAAGUGAAAAACUAAUACUCAUAUCAAUUAAUCAUCUUAUUUAUUUAUUUAUUAAAUUUUUUAUUUUAUCAAAGGCUGAGAUGGACAAGGUUCGGUUGCAAAGAGAAGCUGCCUUCAUACGAAGCUCACUUCUUGAUCAGGGAUAUUUGGAUGAGCAAUUCAUUCAGCUGGAAGAGUUGCAAGACAAUGAUAAUCCCAAUUUUGUGGAAGAAGUUGUGACCCUUUUCUACACUGACUCUGCAAGAUUGAUCUACAACAUUGAUCAAGCACUUUUGAGUAACCCAACUGACUUCACAAAAUUGGACGAUUACAUGCAUCAAUUCAAGGGAAGUUGCUCAAGCAUCGGAGCAAAGAAGGUGAAGAAUGAAUGCAACGGAUUUGGUGAAUAUUGUGAGGCACAAAACUAUGACGGAUGCUUCAGGACUUUCCAACAAAUCAAGCAAGAGUAUAUAAAUUUGAAGAAGAAGCUUGAGACUUAUUUUCAGUUAUUGAAGGAAGCUGCUCAAAUCAAAUGAAAUAAUGUGGGUGCCCAAACCCUUACCCUUUAUUGAAGCUUUUUUUAUCCACCAAUAGUGUGUGUGUCUAGAGAGAGAGAAUAAAAGUUUUCAAAUGUAAGAGAGGCAUGAGUUAAGGUCGUUAUUAUUACAAUAUUAUCUGAUUUUAUGUACCUAAAGCGCCUAAUUAAUUG